AUGCCUUAUUCUCCGAAAGUCGGCGAUCGCGUCGAUAGCCUCGAUACUCCCUCCAUGAUCACGACCAAGAGCGCAAUCCUCGCUGGCAAACUCGCAAAGGCUGGAGCUAAGGGAGGCUGUGUCGCAAAAAUUAGCGAGGCGGAGGCUAUCGCUGCAGCGGGCUUUGAUGAUCUGCUCAUCACUUGCGAGAUUGUGGGCCCCGUCAAGGUCCAGCGCUUGGUGGAGUUGUACCGCAAGUACCCUAAGAUUCGCAUUGUUGUCGACAGCGAAGUUGGUGCUUCGGCCAUCAACGAUGCACUGGCGAAGUCGGGCAUCGCGGAGCCCAUCACAACUCUGAUUGAUCUCGACGUCGGAUUGCACCGCACUGGCGUCAAGCCCGGCGAGCCGGCUCUUGCCCUGGCACGACACGUUGGAGGGCUCAAGCACUUGAACCUGAUCGGCGUCCAAGGAUAUGAGGGUCAUCUACAACAUCUGCACGACUACGAGGACCGCAAGAAGCAGUGUCUGGAGUCGAUGGCCACUCUGACCGGCACUGCCGAUGCAUUCCGAAAAGCUGGUUUUAACAUCGAGGUUGUUACCACCGGUGGAACCGGCACUGCUGAGUUCUGCGCCAGCGUUCCUGGUGUCACUGAGCUUCAGCCUGGUUCUUUCAUCUUUAUGGACGUUGACUACCGCAAUGCUGUUGGCUCCUUCUUCUCCCACAGUCUUGUUCUUCUGUCAACAGUUAUCAGCCAACAAGGCCCCCGAGCAGUUACAAUCGACACUGGUCUCAAGUCGUUGACCACAGACAGUGGCCUGGCCGAGUGCAAGGACUCGAGGUAUGAAUAUGGUGUCCUGGGCGAUGAACAUGGCUCUCUCAUGUGGGAGGAGGGCUCACCGGCUCUGUCGGUUGGUGACCGUGUCGAGAUGCUUCCUAGCCAUAUCGACCCCACUGUCAACCUGCAUGAUUUCUAUUAUGCGCAUCGCAAUGGUGUAAUUGAGGAGAUCUGGCCCGUUGAUUCUCGGGGCAAGGUGCAAUAG